AUGGCUGAUCAUGAUGUCAGGUGGCGAUGGGCAAUGUGGGAAAUUCUUUGGAUGAGCGCACCCAUCCUUAUCCUUAUGGCCCUCUGUCUUCCAGAGACAUCGGCCGACAAUAUCCUCCUCCGCCGUGCACAGCGACUACGCAGAGUUACUGGGAACUCGAACCUUUUCUCGCAGUCAGACAUUGCACAGAAUAGUCAAACAUUUUACAACAGACUCCUUAAUUCUCUAGUGAAACCAGUCGAGAUAAUGGUUAAAGACCCAGCCAUCCUGUUCGCCAAUGUCUACACCUCCCUUGUUUAUGGAAUCUAUUACUCCUUCUUUGAGGCGCUUCCGUUGGUCUAUCCUGCCAAAUACGGACUUGAUGCUAAGGAGAUUGCGUUAAUCUUUAUCUCAAUUAUUAUCGGCUGUGCGCUUGGAGCUGUUGUCUAUAUUAGUCAUCUUUAUAUCAGCCUUAUGCCUGAUCUAAAAGCCAACGGUCAACGUCCACACGAGCACCGCCUACCCCCUGCUCUAUUCGCUUCUUUCGGUCCACCUAUCGGACUUUUCAUCUUCGCCUGGACUACCGAUGGAAAUAUCCAUUGGGCUGUGGGCGCCCUCGGUAUUGUCCUAUAUUCAGGAUCUGUCUUCGUUAUAUUGCAAUGCGUACUUGUCUACCUGUCGCUUGCGUACCCGAAGUACGAAGCUUCACUGUUUGCCGGAAAUGAUAUAUCACGAUCUGCUGUCGCGUUCGCGUUCAUCCUUUUCUCGCGAUUCAUGUUCAUCGACCUUGGUAUUGACAAAGGGGUGACUCUCUUAGCUGGCUUAAGCAUCCUGGGAAUUAUUGGCGUGUUUAUUCUCAACUUUUGCGGUGCAAGUCUCCGUGCUAGAUCUAGCUUUGCAGAGCAUAGCUAA